CCCGGGAGUGGUGGCCGAGGCGGCGGCCGGAGUGCAAUGGCGGGGGUUACGGGGCUUUUGACCGAAGUGAGCUGGAAGGUCUUGGAGCGAAGAGCUCGGACCAAGCGCUCAGUUUUAAAAUUGCUGUAGUUUAGCCUGCGACGCUUAUGAUUAGAGUCAACAGUUUGAAAUGGCCAGCUCUCCUGAUGCAGUCGUCUCCUCUACACCAGCUUUCUUAAGGUCUGGCUCAGUUUAUGAACCUCUUAAAAGCAUUAAUCUUCCAAGACCUGAUAAUGAAACCCUGUGGGAUAAAUUGGAUCAUUAUUACAGAAUUGUUAAGUCCACGUUGCUCCUGUAUCAAAGUCCAACCACAGGUCUCUUUCCCACGAAGACGUGCGGUGGGGAUGUGAAGGCCAAGAUCCAGGACAGCCUGUACUGCGCUGCGGGGGCCUGGGCGCUGGCCCUCGCAUACCGGCGCAUUGAUGAUGACAAGGGAAGAACCCAUGAGCUGGAGCACUCGGCGAUAAAAUGCAUGCGAGGAAUCCUCUACUGCUACAUGCGUCAGGCAGAUAAGGUCCAGCGGUUUAAGCAGGACCCACGCCCAACAACGUGUCUUCAUUCUGUUUUCAAUGUGCACACAGGAGAUGAGUUGCUCUCCUAUGAGGAGUAUGGUCAUCUUCAGAUAAAUGCAGUGUCACUAUAUCUCCUUUACCUUGUGGAGAUGAUUUCCUCAGGACUCCAGAUUAUCUACAACACUGAUGAGGUCGCUUUUAUUCAAAAUCUUGUAUUUUGCGUGGAAAGGGUUUACCGUGUUCCUGACUUUGGUGUCUGGGAAAGAGGAAGCAAAUAUAAUAAUGGCAGCACAGAGCUACAUUCAAGCUCUGUUGGCUUGGCAAAAGCAGCUCUAGAAGCCAUUAAUGGAUUCAACCUCUUUGGCAAUCAGGGCUGUUCUUGGUCAGUUAUAUUUGUGGAUCUGGAUGCUCACAAUCGCAACAGGCAAACCUUGUGCUCGCUGUUACCCAGAGAGUCAAGAUCACAUAACACAGAUGCUGCCCUCCUGCCCUGCAUCAGUUACCCUGCAUUUGCCCUGGAUGAUGAAGUUCUGUUUAGCCAGACACUUGAUAAAGUGGUUAGAAAAUUAAAAGGAAAAUAUGGAUUUAAGCGCUUCUUGAGAGACGGAUAUAGAACGUCUUUGGAAGAUUCCAGUAGACGCUACUACAAACCAGCUGAAAUUAAGCUAUUUGAUGGCAUUGAAUGUGAAUUUCCCAUAUUUUUCCUUUACAUGAUGAUUGAUGGCGUUUUUAGAGGCAACCCCAAACAAGUAAAGGAAUAUCAGGAUCUUCUGACUCCAGUGCUGCAUCAGACCACAGAAGGCUAUCCUGUCGUACCAAAGUACUAUUAUGUGCCAGCUGAUUUUGUAGAAUAUGAAAAAAAAAACCCAGGUAGUCAAAAGAGAUUUCCUAGCAACUGUGGCCGUGAUGGAAAACUGUUUCUUUGGGGACAAGCCCUUUAUAUCAUCGCAAAACUCCUAGCUGAUGAACUAAUCAGUCCUAAGGACAUUGACCCUGGCCAGCGCUAUGUCCCCCUGCAGAGUCAGCGGAACGUGAGCAUGAGGUUUUCCAAUCAGGGCCCUCUGGAAAAUGAUUUGGUAGUUCACGUAGCACUUGUAGCAGAAAGCCAGCGCCUUCAAGUUUUUCUCAACACAUAUGGUAUCCAGACUCAAACUCCUCAGCAAGUGGAGCCCAUUCAGAUAUGGGCUCAGCAGGAGCUCGUGAAAGCUUAUUUUCAUCUAGGUAUCAAUGAAAAGUUAGGACUCUCUGGAAGGCCAGACAGGCCCAUUGGCUGCCUGGGUACAUCAAAGAUUUAUCGCAUUCUAGGAAAGACUGUGGUUUGUUACCCUAUUAUCUUCGACCUUAGUGAUUUCUACAUGUCUCAAGAUGUUUUGCUGAUGAUAGAUGACAUAAAGAAUGCACUGCAGUUCAUUAAGCAGUAUUGGAAAAUGCAUGGACGUCCACUUUUCCUUGUUCUCAUCCGGGAAGACAAUAUCAGAGGUAGCCGGUUCAACCCCAUAUUAGAUAUGCUGGCAGCCUUUAAAAAAGGAAUGAUUGGUGGAGUCAAAGUCCAUGUUGACCGUCUCCAGACACUGGUAUCUGGGGCUGUGGUAGAGCAGUUGGACUUCCUACGGAUCAGCGACACGGAAGAGCUUCCAGAAUUUAAGAGUUUUGAGGAACUAGAACUUCCCAAACAUUCGAAAGUCAAACGUCAAAGCAGCACCUCUGAUGCUCCUCAGCUGGAGCAGCACCCAGAUGUCAGCGUGACCGAGUGGAAAGACAAACCCACCCACGAGGUUCUUCAGAAGCUGAGUGACUGCAGUAGUCUUGCCAGCCAAGCCGUCCUUCUGGGUAUACUGCUCAAAAGAGAAGGCCCCAACUUCAUCACACAGAAAGGUACCGUUUCUGAUCACAUUGAGAGAGUCUAUAGAAGAGCUGGCAGCAAAAAACUUUGGUCGGUUGUGCGCCGUGCAGCGAGUCUUUUAACUAAAGUAGUGGACAGCCUCGCCCCAUCCAUUACUAAUGUUUUAGUGCAGGGCAAACAGGUAACUCUGGGUGCCUUUGGCCAUGAAGAAGAGGUUAUCUCUAACCCUUUGUCUCCAAGUGUGAUUAAGAACAUCAUCUAUUACAAGUGUAAUAUCCAUGAUGAGAGGGAGGCAGUCCUCCAGCAGGAGCUGGUCAUCCACAUCGGCUGGAUCAUCUCCAACAGCCCGGAGCUGUUCAGGGGCAUGCUGAAAAUACGCAUCGGAUGGAUCAUCCAUGCUAUGGAGUAUGAGCUGCGGACCCGGGGUAGGGACCAGCCAGCCACGGACUUGUAUCAGCUGUCACCCAGUGAAGUCAAGCAACUUCUGCUGGAUAUUCUCCAGCCACAGCAGAAUGGAAGAUGCUGGCUGAACAGGCGGCAGAUCGAUGGAUCUCUGAACAGAACACCCCCUGGGUUCUACGACCGAGUGUGGCAAAUCCUGGAGCGCACGCCCAACGGCAUCAUGGUGGCUGGGAAGCAUCUGCCCCAGCAACCAACACUGUCAGAUAUGACCAUGUAUGAGAUGAAUUUCUCUCUCCUCGUUGAAGACACUUUGGGAAAUAUUGACCAGCCGAAGUACAGACAGAUUGUUGUGGAGUUACUGAUGGUUGUAUCCAUCGUGCUGGAAAGAAACCCUGAGCUAGAAUUUCAAGACAAAGUAGAUCUAGACAGACUGGUGAAAGAAGCUUUUCAUGAAUUUCAAAGAGAUGAGAGUCGGCUAAAGGAAAUUGAAAAACAAGAUGACAUGACUUCCUUUUACAACACUCCCCCACUGGGGAAAAGAGGGACAUGCAGCUACUUGACCAAGGUCGUGAUGAACCUGCUGCUGGAAGGAGAGGUCAGGCCAGGCAGUGAUGACCCGUGUCUGGUCAGCUAGUGAGGAAGGCGAGAGGCUCCGUGGAGAUGCGUUUUCUAGAAGUGUGUGAUGUUUUGUGCUGAAGCUUAAUCAAAGCAGCCAGUAAUACAUGAACCAAUGGUGCUGGUGAGGUGAUCGCCCUACUCUUAGCAGAGCUACUGGACCUCUUGCAUCCCAGCGCUGAUCUGUUGGUAAUCGUAAAUGCUUUUAAUCAGGUGGAAAAAUUUCUCAUGAUUAUGCCAGCUACAAUAAUAAUCUUCACUGAAUGAUAGAAAUAGUUUAUGAAUUGAAAAUUCACCGCUGCAUGUUUUAUGAUAAAACAGCUCAUCAAAACGAAUCCGGGCUUUUUGGACUCUGAAUUUUUACCUUAUUGCCACUAAAAUGAAUUUGCCAACU